CUAAAAGUGCUAUUGAAAUUCAAGAAUCAAAUACAAAAAAACGUCAGCGUGUAUCUAAUAUUGAAACAAAUUUUCAUUCAUCUAAUGAAAAUUCGCAAUCAACUCAAGAUAAUAGAAAGCAGUGUCAAAGAUGUGGUCAAAAAG